AUGAGCCUCCCUUCAGCCUCACCGGUGUCUCUGGACUCCAGCGUCUUCUUCAGCGAGACGCCGGCGUCCUGCGUCAGAGACGUUGACGUCUUCAUCAUCAACGUGGGCGGGACUCGCUACGUGCUGUCCCAGCAGCUGCUGGCGUCCCACCCGGGGACCCGGCUGGGGAAGCUGGCGUCCUGCAGCCGGGCCGCGGCGCUGCAGCUCUGCGACGACGCCGACCUCCUGGAGAACGAGUUCUUCUUUGACAGAAGUUCACAGACCUUCCAGUACGUGAUGAACUUCUACCGGACGGGUCACCUGCACGUCGGGGAGGAGCUGUGUGAAGUCUCCUUCCUGCAGGAGAUCCAGUACUGGGGCAUCGAGGACGUUCGGAUCCGGCCUUGCUGCCGCGAGCGCUACUACCGCCGCAAGGAGCAGAAGGAGAGCUUCCAUGUUCAGGAGGAGUUUGAGGCUGAAGGUGAAGAAGAGGAUUUCGUAGGCGCCGUCCUCCCUGCUCUCCGCAGACGCCUUUGGGACCUUCUGGAGAAACCUGACUCGUCCCGGGCAGCUCGCACCUUCAGCUCACUGUCCGUUCUCUUCGUGGGGCUGUCGCUGAUCAACAUGGUGCUCAUCUCGCUGGACUCAGGCGAGGAUGUGGGCGGGACUGACCUGGGAGGGAGUGGCCUGGGCGCGGCGUUCCUGUUCGACGCCCUGGAGUACGUGUGCGUGCUGUGGUUCACGGGCGAGCUGGCUCUUCGGUUCCUCUGCGUGAGGGACAAGUGUCGGUUCAGCCAGAAGAUCCUCAACGUGAUCGACCUGCUGGCCAUCCUGCCCUUCUACGUGACGCUGGCGGUGGAGAGGCUCCACGGAGGAAGCAGCGAGCUGGAGAACAUGGGCCGGGUGGUGCAGGUCCUCCGGCUCCUCAGGUCCCUGCGCAUGCUGAAGCUGGGACGACACUCCACAGGCCUGAAGUCUCUGGGUCUGACCAUCGCUCAGUGCUACGAGGAGGUCGGCCUCCUGCUCCUCUUCCUCGGAGUCGGCAUCUCCAUCUUCGCCAUGGUGGUCUUCGCUCUGGAGCACGACCUUCCUGCCACGACCUUCACCAGCGUCCCGGCCGCGUGGUGGUGGGCCACCACCUCCAUGACCACGGUGGGCUACGGGGACAUCCGGCCCGACUCGGUCCUGGGGAAGGUUCUGGCCUUCGUCUGCAUCCUGUCCGGGAUCCUCAUCCUGGCGCUGCCCAUCGCCAUCAUCAACGACCGCUUCUCCGCCUGCUACUUCACCAUGAAGAUGAAGGAGGCGGCGCUGCGGCACGGCGAGAUGCUGAAGAAGCUGGCCCGGGGCUCGGUGGUGGAGACGGGGGAGGGAGGCGUGGAGGGGGGCGUGAACUUAAGGGACGCCUACGCCAGGAGCGUCCUGGAGAUGUUGAGGCUGCAGGGCCACGAGCGAGCGAGCAGCAGCGGAGGAGAGGAACUGUGGUGGUAG